AUUGAUCGCCGAGCCUCCCGCCUGCAAAGUCCUCGGCGCGCGGGUAGACACGAGCUGCCGCCACUGCCAGGUCUCAGUGGGUGCCCGCGCCCCUGCCUCGCUUGCCUGCCCCGGGGCGUCCUGAAGCUCGCUCCGCCGGCCGCUGGUGCUCGCCGGCGCUGCCCAUGGCCCAGCCCGAGAGCAGACUUCGGGCGCCGGACCGGCUGGACCGCGGCGCGGCUCAGUAAUUGGCGGCCUGCGACACCCAUGUGUCACUGAUCAGGAGGCAUUCCCUGCUGCAGCGCUUCAUGACCCAGCGGCGCCCGGCCCAGUGAAGCCACCGUGGUGUCCAGCAUGGCCGCGCUGCUUCUGGGCGCGGUGCUGCUGGUGGCCCAGCUCCGGCUGGUGCCUUCCCGCCCCGCCGUGCCCGGAGCCGAGCCCGGCCAGCAGGAGCUCCUGCGGAAAGCCGCCACCCUGCGGGACGAGGUCCGGGGCGGCGCGGCCCCCAACGGCUCCGCCCAGCAGCUGCCGCAGACCAUCAUCAUCGGCGUGCGCAAAGGCGGCACCCGCGCGCUGCUGGAGAUGCUCAGCCUGCACCCCGACGUGGCGGCUGCCGAGAACGAGGUCCACUUCUUCGACUGGGAGGACCAUUACAGCCAGGGCCUGGUCUGGUAUCUCAGCCAGAUGCCCUUCUCCGCCCCGCACCAGCUCACGGUGGAGAAGACCCCCGCGUACUUCACGUCGCCCAAAGUGCCUGAGCGGGUCCACAGCAUGAACCCGUCCAUCCGGCUGCUGCUCAUCCUGCGGGACCCGUCGGAGCGCGUGCUCUCCGACUACACCCAAGUGUUCUACAACCACGUGCAGAAGCGCAAGCCCUACCCGUCCAUCGAGGAGUUCCUGGUGCGCGACGGCCGGCUCAACGUGGACUACAAGGCGCUCAACCGCAGCCUCUACCACGUGCACAUGCAGAACUGGCUGCGCUUCUUCCCGCUGCGCCACAUCCACAUCGUCGACGGCGACCGCCUCAUCAGGGACCCUUUCCCCGAGAUCCAGAAGGUCGAGCGGUUCCUGAAGCUGUCGCCGCAAAUCAACGCCUCGAACUUCUACUUUAACAAAACCAAGGGCUUCUACUGCCUGCGGGACAGCGGCCGGGACCGCUGCUUACACGAGUCCAAAGGCCGGGCACACCCCCAAGUGGACCCCAAACUCCUCAAUAAACUGCACGAAUAUUUUCACGAGCCGAAUAAGAAAUUCUUUGAGCUUGUCGGCAGAACAUUUGACUGGCACUGAUUUGCAAUAAGCUAGGAACCUUUCCUAUUGUAAGUUACCGUGUACAUCUAGGGGGAAAAAAAAGAAUUUUAAAAGGGCAUUUAAGCUAUAAUUUAUUUGUAAAAUCCAUAAAUUACUUCUGUACAGUAUUAGAUUCACAAUUGCCAUAUAUAUACUAGUUAUAUUUUUCUACUUGUUAAAUUGAGGGCAUUUUGUAUUGUUUUUCAUGGUUGUUAAUGUGUACUAUGUCUCUAUAUGAAGGAACUAAAAUAUUUCAUUGCAAAAAAAA